AUGAUGAAUGAUGAUUCGCUAAAUUAUUUCGCCUCAUCUGCAAAAUCAACAGCACCUAGUGGUACGAUUGAGCUUUACCAGAACUCGCUACCAUGGCAAGAGUACCCGUUAGGUUGCUUUGAGUGCCGAACUUGUAAGAAAACGUUUUACAAUUCGGUUGCUUUGCAAAAUCACAAGAAAUUACAACAUGCGGAUGGCUCGAACAGCGAUACGGAACAACACCCCAAUCAAGCGCAGCACGAUGAUAUAUUGGAAUCAUUCAAUAAUUUCAAAUUUAUACCUCUGAAGAAGACAGCCAAUGAUGUGGAAACUGCAGCCACAGAAAACGGGAUAACAAAACGUACCUUUGAUGUGAACACGAGUUACAUUAUAGUUAAAGUUGAAGGUGAUGAUAAUCUUACGCGUCGAUCGAAAAAUGAUGGGGUGCUCCGUAGGACGCAGAUGAGGUCUUCCAAACCGGCAGUCGACUUAAGGGGCCCAUUCACGUGUACGUUGCCGUCCUUGUACAGUCCCGACCUGCAGUGCCACCAAAUAUUCUUCAACUGUUGCGAAUACUCUCUGCAUUACCGGGAGAAGCAUACGAAGCGUCGGAAGGCCGCAGUGCGCUGCCAAGUUUGCGAGAAACCCCUGGACAAGGAGGUGCCCCCACCGACUCAACCACAAUUUACUAUUCCGAAUAAUAUUACGUUUCCGUGCCGCUUGUGCGGUCAAGUGUUUUUAGACAGAGUGCGCUACGAGGAGCACAGUCGCACGAUGCACACGAAGAUGAAACCUUACCAGUGUUCCAUUUGCGCCAAGAGGUUCACGCAACGGGGCGGCCUGGAACAGCAUAUGCGGAUGCAUUCCGGCAUACGUCCAUUUGUAUGCUCGUUCUGCAAUAAGGCGUUCACGCAAAAGGCCGGGCUGGACCAGCACUUGCGCACGCACACCAAGGUGAAGCCGUUCAAGUGCGUCGUAUGUGGAAAGUGUUUCUCGCAAACGGUUCACUUGCGCCAGCAUAUGCGGACUCAUACGAACAUUCAGCCGUUCGAGUGUCCGGUGUGCGGGAGGCGGUUCAAACAGAGCAGUCAUCUUAACUUUCAUAUGCGAUCGCACGGGGGUGAAGCCAACGAUUUGACGGUUGAACAAUACGCGCAGGCCUUUGGGGAGCAAGAUUCGAUUGAUUUCUUGAAAUUCGCCAACGUUCAGCCCGUACAAGAAGACGGUGAGACGAUGUAUUACGCGGCUGAUCUUUCUACAACUUUGCCCGCGUCUUACCAAAAGAUGAUGUCCACAGACUAUGUUUUUCGAUGA